UCAGGGGCAGGGCCGGGCCGGGAUGGGGAUGGCGGCCCCCGCCCGGCGCGGCAGUGGCGGAGCGGCGGCGGCACCGUCACCAUCAACAUCAGCAUCACUGUCACCAUCAACAUCACCAUCACCGUCACCAUGCGAGCGGCACGGGGCGCGGUGGGAAUCCUCAUCCUCUGCCUGGUUUCCGCGGCCGCGCUGGACUUUAGGUACCACCACAGCGAGGAGCUGGAGCAGUACCUGAAGGGGGUUCAUGCCGCCUACCCCGCCCUCACCCACCUGCACAGCAUCGGGCGCUCGGUGGAAGGUAGAGACCUGUGGGUUCUUGUUCUGGGAAGGUUUCCAGCCCAUCAUAAGAUUGGCAUUCCAGAGUUCAAGUAUGUUGCUAAUAUGCAUGGGGAUGAGACUGUUGGGAGAGAAUUGCUGCUGCAUUUGAUAGAUUUGCUGGUGACCAGCUACGGCCGUGACCCCGUCAUUAGCCGGUUACUCAAUCACACCCGGAUCCACAUCAUGCCAACCAUGAACCCCGAUGGCUUUGAAGCUACAAAAGUGCCUGAUUGUUACUACACACGGGGAAGGUACAACAAGAAUGGAGAAGAUCUGAACAGGAAUUUUCCUGAUGCCUUUGAAAAUAACAGUGCCAGCAUUCAGCCAGAGACUCGAGCAGUAAUGGACUGGAUAAAAAAUGAAACGUUUGUUCUUUCAGCAAACCUGCAUGGGGGUGCCCUGGUUGCCAGUUACACCUUUGAUAAUGGUAACCCAGUUACUGGCUCUUUGAAAGGCUAUAGCAAAUCUCCAGAUGAUGAUGUCUUUAUUCACCUGGCAAAAACCUAUUCUUCCAACCAUGCCAGCAUGUACAAAGGGACAGGGUGUGACAACAGGCAAACCUUCCCAGAAGGCAUCACCAACGGGUACUCCUGGUACCAGCUGGAAGGUGGAAUGCAAGAUUACAACUAUGUCUGGGGACAGUGUUUUGAAAUUACACUGGAGCUGUCAUGCUGUAAAUAUCCUCCAGCAGAACAGCUGGAAAAGUUCUGGAGAGACAACAAAGUUGCUCUGAUCGAAUAUAUCAAACAAGUGCACCUAGGUGUCAAAGGCCAAGUUACUGAUAAGAAUGGGAAUCCUAUUCCCAAUGCCAUCGUGGAAGCCAAAGGAAGGCCACAUGUCUGCCCCUACAGAACAAAUGAACAAGGGGAGUACUUUCUUCUCCUUUUGCCUGGGACCUAUGUGAUCAAUGCUACUGUACCAGGAUUUAAAUCGAUGCUGAAGACAGUGGAAAUACCUGACAAUACUGGAAACUUCAGUGCUUUGAAACAGGACUUCUCUUUCCCAGAGGUCUCAGAUCAGAUCAGAUCAAAAGCUGCUUCAUGUCCCAAAACUCCCCUCUACCAAGAGCUCGCACGGGCUUCAGCUGCAGUAAAACCAACCGUGCACAUCUUGGUUCUAAUGGCCACUAUGCUUGUAAUUUUCAAAUAAAGUCAGGAAUAACAAAGGCAAAGGCAAAAUCUUCCUGCACAAAUGUGGCUUUUCAGAGAAGGAAUUGUACAUGCAAAAGAAUGUAUGUUUUGUAAACCAAAUUCUCAGAUUGACAAUCAUGUUUACUGUAUUUUUUAAAAUACUGGCUUGACAAUUGAAUGUUUUACUUUAGUUAUAGUAGACAUAUUUUCAAUUGUAACAGACUGUCGUAUUUUUCUAUGUAUUUUACUCUGAACAAUUUUUGUACAGCCUAUGGAGAUAACUGUAGAAUUUUGAUGCAAAAAAGUACAACUACAUUUUGAAGACUUUUCCCAAAUUAAAAAACAUUGAGGAUUGUACUGCAAAGUUUCAUGCAAGCUCAGGUACCUCACUGAGCCAACAGCUCAGAUGCCACACAACUGUAAGUCAGCAGCUCAGUACUAAUUUCUCAUAAUAAAGCCACUGUUAAAAAUGAAGAAUGGCAUUUUUAUAUAUGCUGUUUCUUAACCUGGACAGGUGAGACUGCUCAGGGCUCAAAUGAGGCAAAGACCAGUAACACAGACAUGUUUUAAGACAAGAAGAUAAAAAUGAAAUGUGAGUAUCUGCUGAAGGGCCAUACUGUGGAAGCUGGAUGAUAAUCUGCACCAACAGGGAAAAGGGAGGAAUUUGUGACUUUGAAAACAGUGUUCUUCUAUGGCAGAGCUGCUGAAAACAGUUUGAAAGAAUCACAGACAGCUUUAUACCUUGUCCAUUUUUAACUGAAUUUGUUGUGGCACAGAACCACAUACAAUUCAGAAUUCUUUGAAUAUUUUAGCAAUGGCUUUAUACUGUUUCAACAGCUUCACUGCCCUGCUGCUCCACUGUUGGGACUGUUUAACACCCUUGCCAGGAGCUGGCAGGCACACUCAGCAAGGCAAAAGCCAGCUCCAGUUAUAGAGGGUGGUUUCAGUGUUCCCCUGGCUGGGCUGUACUGCAGGCAGGAUUAGCAGAUUCCUUUUGCCUGGCCAGUUUCAAGUCAUUUUCAGGGCCCUUUGAAGCUGCCCAAUAAACAGAAAAUUUAUCAAGAAAAGCCAGUUAGUACCACCUCCUGUGUUUAUUUUAAAGCUUUAUCUGCCAGUAAUUUUCUUAAGCAAUUUCAAAAGUAAACCACCAAAUAUUAUCUUUGGAAACAUCAGUCUUUCCCUGUAUACAGUAAAUAAAAAAUGCAGGAAUGCAGUUAAUCCUUUAA